AUGCAAGGCCUCUCCAAGCUCACCAUUACUGAGGCAUUCCAAGUCGCUGCCACUGCUCCUGUUGAUUAUAUCUCUACCCCUGGUUCCGCUAGCUCUCCAUGUCCCACUGUUUCUGUCCCUACUCCCGUUUAUUCUCCUGCUGCUAAUCACCUCAUACCCUCAGUUGUUUCUCUCGUCGCACCCUCGUCUGAUCCCUCAUCAUCACCCUUAGUUGGUUGGCGCCUUGAGCAAUCCUGUUCGAUUAAUGGUAUUCCGUUCGAUGUUCUGUUUGAUACAGGUAAUCCUACGUCGCUUAUUAGUUCCGAUAUCGUUCGUGAUAAUAACUGGUCUACGUAUCCUGUUGAACCAUUUAUUUGGUCUGGUGUCUUCCCUGAUCGUCGUUCUUCUACUUCUAUCACUACAUUUUGGAUUUUCGAAGUUAACGGUUCCGAGUUUUCUGCUGCUGCUUACGUCUCGAAUAAUUUGGUUAAUAAAGUUAUCGUUGGGUCCCCCGUUGUAUCCAAAUAUUGGGAGUUGUUGUCUCCAGCUUUACCUACUACGUCUAGUUCCUUAUACAUUGUUGAUUCGUUACAUGAAGGUUCCGUUUCUGAUAUAUAUCCUAAUGAAAUUCAAGAAGUAUUUGUUGUCUCGUUAGCCGCCAACACGUUAUCUGAUUCCUUUCGCCUACUUCCUGAUUUACAAGGUGACUUCGCCUCCACCGUCAGUGAUGAGUUAUCCCCUUCUUCUGCCUCUCGCAACUUUUCUUACGAUAUUGUUUUGAGAAAGGGGGAGAGUUUACCAAAAUUUCCUCCAUAUAGACUGACCCCAUUGCUAACUCAGGAAUGUAAAAGUAUCGUUGAUGACUUACUCACAAAAGGUAUUCUUAUUAAUAGUAAUAGCCCAUAUUCAUCCCCAGUCUUAUUGGUAAAAAAGAAAAAAGAUACUUAUCGAAUGUUAGUUGAUUUCCGUCAAUUAAAUAAAAGAACCGUAGAAUAUCCUUUCACAAUGCCCAGAAUAGACGAUUUAUUUGCUAAAAUUGGAGCUUGUAUUGUAUUCUCAACACUAGAUUUACGUUCAGGCUAUCACCAAAUACCUACUAAUCCCGAAUCUGAAAGGUUAAUUGGUUUUACGACCCCGUGUGGUCACUAUCAUUAUAAAGUUCCCUGUCUUUUUGGUCUCUGCAACGCCCCUGCAAAGUUUUCGCGCUAUAUGCAAUAG